CGCUCACGCUGUCUGACGCACGCAGGUACUCACUGCUGGCUAGCCACUGCUCGCGUAUAGAUCAUGGCUGCUUCAAAGCCAGUCGAGCCACAGUCCGGGACUGGACUCCCCCGCUGGCAGCUGGCACUGUUAGUCGGGACUCCCAUAGUGCUGGGGGUCGGGGCGGUUUAUCUAUGGAACCGCAGCCGGACGAAGGAAAGGCGAGGGAAAGAUACCGGAGAGCGGAAAACACCGGAAGGCAGCGCCAGUCCAGUGCAGGGCCAAGACGGCGCAGCCCGGGCCAGCAGAGAGCAGGAGGACAUGAGCCCACUGGACCGGGCCCAAGCAGCAAAGAACAAGGGCAACAAGUACUUCAAAGCUGGGAAGUAUGAGAACGCCAUCCAGUGCUACACAGAGGCCAUCGCUCUCUGCCCCACAGAGCAAAAGUCUGAUCUGUCAACGUUUUACCAGAACAGAGCAGCAGCUUACGAACAACAGAUGAAGUGGACAGAAGUGGUGCAGGACUGCUCUCAGGCUGUGGAGCUUAACCCACGCUACGUGAAGGCUCUCUUCAGGAGGGCUAAAGCUCUGGAAAAACUCGACAACAAGAAGGAGUGCCUGGAAGAUGUCACAGCGGUGUGUAUUCUCGAGGCUUUCCAGAACCAACAGAGCAUGCUGCUAGCAGACAAGGUGCUGAAACAGCUGGGAAAAGAGAAGGCCAAAGAGAAAUACAAGAAUCGUGAGCCCAUGAUGCCUUCUCCUCAGUUCAUCAAGUCCUACUUCAGUUCAUUCACUGAUGACAUCAUCUCACAGGCCCUGCAGAAGGGCGAGAAGAAAGAUGAAGACAAGGACAAUGAGGGCGAGGCGGCAGAGGUCACUGAGAGCUCUGGCUACCUGAAAGCAAAGCAGUACAUGGAGGAGGAGAACUACGACAAAAUCAUCAGCGAAUGCACCAAGGAGAUCGAGUCAGGCGGUCGCUACACCGCCGAGGCUCUGCUGCUGCGUGCCACAUUCUACCUGCUGAUUGGCAACGCUACUGCCGCUCAACCAGAUCUGGACCGAGUAAUCAACAUGCACGAUGCCAACGUGAAGUUACGAGCCAAUGCUUUGAUCAAACGUGGAAGCAUGUACAUGCAGCAGCAGCAGCCCAUGCUCUCGACACAAGACUUCAACAUGGCAGCCGACAUCGACACACGCAACCCUGACGUGUAUCACCACAGGGGUCAGCUGAAGAUUCUGCUGGACCAGGUGGACGAGGCCGUGGGAGACUUCGACGAGUGCAUCCUGCUCAGGCCUGACUCGGCUCUAGCCCAGGCGCAGAAAUGCUUCGCUCUCUACAGACAAGCGUACACUGGAAACAACCCGUCACAAGUACAGACCGCCAUGGACGGCUUUGAGGACGUCAUCAGGAGGUUCCCAAAGUGUGCUGAGGGCUACGCUCUCUAUGCUCAGGCAUUGACUGAUCAGCAGCAGUUUGGAAAAGCAGACGAGAUGUACGACAAGUGUAUUGAACUGGAACCAGACAACGCUACCACAUAUGUCCACAAGGGUUUGUUACAGCUUCAAUGGAAACAGGAUCUCGAUUUAGGUCUAGAGCUCAUCAGUAAGGCGAUCGAGAUCGACAACAAAUGUGACUUCGCUUAUGAAACUAUGGGAACCAUCGAGGUUCAAAGGGGCAAUCUGGACAAGGCGAUAGAGAUGUUCAACAAGGCGAUUAACCUAGCCAAGUCAGAGAUGGAGAUGGCCCAUUUGUACUCGUUAUGUGAUGCUGCAUACGCACAGACAGAAGUGGCGAGGAAGUACGGGCUGAAACCUCCGACGCUGUAAUUUUCGAGGCCUGUCGAUUGCCAAUCUCAGUCUUCAUUGCUGAACCUAACUGUGUUAAAAAGUGCAACUGUCUGACUUACUAUGAUUUGUCAAAAAGAAAGAAAAAAAAAAAAAGAGUACUGGAUCAUAAAAAGAUUUAAAAAAGGAUGCACCCUGAAUAUUAUACUGUGUUUACAUCACAUUAAAGGGGUUUGCUGUCAUGGAAACGAUGGAUAUAUAUUUCACAAUCAAGCCAAGGCAGCGAUUGAGGCCUCUGGUGUACUCUGUAGGUUGAUUUAGGUAGGGGUCUGGGUCUUUAACAACACAGCCCAUUGACACUUAAUUCAGCCAGAAAAUCGUCAUCUUUUUUUUCUUUUCUUUUUUCUUUUUUUUUUGCUCAGAGUAAAGAAAGAUUGUCAUCUAGAGAGAGAAAAAAACAUACAUGAACAGUCAUGUAUACCUGUCCACAUUACAAGUAACGAUGUAAAAUGUAAGAGAAAUGGAGACGUGAACCAAUUACUAAGGUUUUUGUGACACUUUUAGAUCUACAGAAAAUACUGUGAGAGCUUUAUCUAGUUCUAAUGGACUGCUCACCUGUUAAUUUAAGCUGACCUGAAGGGGUUUUGUCCGGCUACCUUCUACAUUGUAACAUACAGCAUCAGCUCUGAAUGCAAGAUUAAAAUUAUAGUCAAAUGUGUAAUGUCUGUGUUUGUAAUGCUGGAACUGAUCCCAUACGGGAUAAGGGCGUACAGAGGAGUUAGAUUAGGAUCCUGAAGUGUUUUUUUUUUUUGUUUUUUUUAAAUUACAGGACUGCCUGUUGUUUUUUUUUUGUUGUUUUUUUUUAAUAUAUAUUUUUUGUGCAGCAUGUUCACUUUAUAAAUAAAUGUAAAUGCAAUGCUCGUGCUGUUUGAACACUAGGAACACCCUAACGAUAAGAGGCUGAGCAAAACACUUUGGAUUAGGAAAACAUAACCAACUUCAUGUCUUUAGCUUUUUUUGAAAAUGUUUUUUGCCUUUAGUGUCAGAAAAUGUCACGAGGGAUUGGAUAUUCAGUGUUUGUUUUCUAGCUCACCUAAAUUGAUAAGAACCUGAUUUAUUUUCUAUACUAUUGUAAAAUGUUUAUUUUUCAUGCAACAUUUGGUUUCAUCUUUUUUGACAGAGUAAGAAGACAAAUGGUUUGAUUUUAUUUUUUCUCUACGUGCCCUCCUUUUUAAAUGUAUCCUCCCAUAACCCAAGCCUUAUUGUUUCCAGUCUACACGCGGUGCUGAGAGUCUUUUGGCACAGCGUAUGAUUUGGUUCUCAGGUAGCAAGGAGCUACCACUGCUGAAAGAUGUUUUCAUCCAUCUAGCAGCAUUAUUGGCUCCAUUUCUUUUAACGUACGGCAUUGCCAAAGAACCAAAUCAUACAUUCCUGCUGCAGCUGGUUACUUCUGGUUACUUCUCUUCAGAUUUUAGAGAAACAAAACGGGUUAACCUCUGAUAUAUAGAUGUGAUCUUCAGCUUUAGAUAGCCACUAAAUUUUGACUGACAAAUGACACUGACAUUCUUCAUCAACAAUAUGUAUGGUGACCAAAGUGAAAGAAUCCUAAUAAAGUUAUAAU